CUCUGCCGGCCCGCCCUCGACUCCCCGCCGUGCCGAGCAGCUGCCCGGGGACCGGAGUGGCGGAGCCCCCGCCCGCUGCGGGGACGCCGGGGAACCUCAGGAUUCCACAUCUAAAGAAGACAGGACCUUGUGCCUCCCUGCCCAAGCCUCUUGCUGGUGUUCUUAGUGGCCCCACCGCCCUCCACCGAAAGGCCACAUAUUGGUCACUAGGACCUUUUCCCAGCCUCUCCGGGGCGGUGUUAACACCUGAGUGUGAAGACUGGUCGGGCAGCCACACAAGAGCCCCCUGGGGCCUCUGGCAGUGGCCUGAAGCUGGAACCGUCAGGGAACAUGAGUGAGUUUUGGCACAAACUGGGCUGCUGCGUGGUGGAGAAACCCCAGCCGAAGAAAAAGAGAAGACGGAUUGACCGCACCAUGAUUGGGGAGCCGAUGAACUUUGUCCACCUGACUCACAUCGGCUCUGGGGAGAUGGGGGCCGGAGAUGGACUUGCCAUGACAGGUGCAGUUCAGGAGCAGAUGAGAUCCAAGGGAAACCGUGACAGACCGUGGAGCAGUUCUAGGGCCUUGUAGCGCCCGUGGAAUUGGUUCUGCAGUCUUGGAAUUCCCAUUCUGUGUCCAGCCCAGAAGAAAUGCCAUCACCAGAUCCCUUCAACCAGUGACCCAAAGGCCCCUCUCUCUAACAAGUGCCUCAAAAGGAGUGGGGGGGCUGGACUCCCUCUACUCCUCUGGCCUCUGCCCCUCCUGGAGAUGGGGCUCAAGGCAGCAGGACUGACUAAGUGACUACUGGUGGGCCAGAGGAGCUCAGCUGAAGCCCUGAACGCCCUUGAUCUGAGCUGGGGGCUCUCUGGGAACCUGGGAUAGGCUCCCUGCCCCUGAAUGAAGGUCGGGUGCCGCCUGUUUCAGCUUCUUGCCUUUAUUCUUUCACGGAGGCGGGCGGGUGUGGGAGCCACAGCUGAACCCAGCUUUGCUACAAUUCUUCCUGCUUCCUUGCCCUUCCGUUCCUUCUGGAAUGAACACUGCAGAGCUGAAUAAGGGGCUGGGUGGCCACCGCCCGGCCCGCUCUGGAUUUCAGACCUUAAGGUCACAGCCCUCUGCUGGCACCAGGGUCUUGCUCCAGCUAGGCCUCUAAUCCCAUGCUUCUGUAGUAUUAAGAGCUUCCCAGAAAUAUUUUUUUAAUUAAAAUCUUAAUUUGAGUUCUUUUAA